ACUUGAUUUUAUCUGUAGCGAUCUGUUUAUGUUUAUUGUUUAGUAAAUAAAAGGAAUAGUGAUAAUAAAGAAAUAAAGUCAAAUUCUGAAUGCUCCCUAUAUUCAGAACUAUUACAUUUGCAUGCUACGAACGUUGUGUACGUUUUCAGGGCAGUUAUCUAGAAUGGUUUCUUUGCCGCCUCGUAAGAUUUCCACGUCUACCGCUUCUUCAAAACAAGACAUUUCACCAUAUCAAGUACUAGUACAGAUGGGAUUUCCUAAGAAAAGAGUUCUAAAGGCGUUAGCUGCGACCGGAAACCGUAGUGUUCAACUGGCAUCAGAUUGGCUUCUUACCCAUGUAAAUGAUGCUGCAAUCGACUCUGAAGAGCCUCGCGAAUAUAUUUUAUACGUCACCCCUACCGGCCAACUGUUAAGUCGGAUACAGGAAUUCAGAGAGAAGUCGAAAAGUAUUUGUGGAUGGAACGGUGCACACAAUGCUCCACCCCAUAUUACAAUAGUCCCUUUUUUUAAAGCAUCAGAUGAGGAAUCCUUAAACCUGGCAGUAGCUAUGAAACAUGCAGUUGAAAAAGUGGGACCUCAACCAAGCUGUCCAAUGAAACUAGAAACUUAUGUUUCCCCCAAUUUUAUUGGCCUAUUCAUUUCUGAGGAGUAUGCUGAUUAUUUUAAGGCACUGUCUUUGCAAUAUGUAAAAGAAAUUCAAGCAAAAAACUUGGACCCAUUGGUAAAGUCAUUGCACAUGACACUCGCUUAUCAUUUUAAUAUAUCAGCAUUUGAUUCCCUCAAGUCUUUGGCCAGUCAACUGGAAUUGCCUGAUAUAGCCAACUGGGAGCUACGACUUUAUUCUAGAGAUCCUCGCUUUAAUAAUUAUCAGGUGUAUAAAGUGAACCAAGGCUACACGCCGAAGGCGUCCGAUGAACUUGAACUUGUUAUCGGAGAUUUUAUUUUUAUUGAGGAGUCGCAGUUUGACGGCUCGGUUGACGGCUGGGUGCACGGUACUUCAUGGUUGACAGGUAUCUCAGGUUUCCUUCCGGGCAUUUAUGUACAAAGGACAGCCGAGUCAGACGCCUGGACGUUACACCGAGCAAUUUCACUAGGACACAAGAAUUGCGCAGAAUGCAAAUCAUCGGACUCUGAAACGAAUACAUACGCGGACAUGUCAAACUAUCCGCACGAGGACGCGGCGGGGCUCGCGCAGGAGAAGUCUGAGGAGACCUAUCAGGAGUGGGAGAAGUACUGGCACGAGGUGCAGAACGACAGGAGCGAGAGUAUACUUCGCAUCACACAGGGUACAAGCAUAGACUGGAAAUCGAGUGUGGGUAGAGGUAUAGGGGAUUCGGAGAGUUCUGACAGUAUUACAACGAGCACAGGCACAGACAGCAACAGUCGUCGUUGGGUGUUUGCGAUGCGGCAUGGCGAACGAGUUGACCUCACCUACGGCCAGUGGGUGCCAUUCUGUUUCGAUGAAAAUGACACAUAUGUACGCAAGGAUCUCAACAUGCCGCUGCAUCUGCCGGAGAGAGUUGGCGGCAGUGCAUCAUACGCUAAGGACACUCCGCUGACGCGAGUGGGGCAGCUGCAGGCGCGGCUGGUGGGGGAGGGGCUGCGGCUGGCGGGCGUGCCCGUCUCCCACGUGUACGCCUCCGCCGCACUGCGCUCUGUGGAAACUGCACACAGCUUUAUAGAAGGCUUACAACCCGAAGCCCCGGUUAAGAUUAAGGUGGAGCCGGGUCUUUUUGAGUUCAAGCAUUGGUACAUGCCGGGUGGCAUGGCACCCUUCAUGACACCCAAGGAGUUACACAAAGCUGGAUACAACGUCGACUUAAAGUACAAACCCUACGUGGAAGUUGAUACAGAAGUAUCAGAGACAUUGGAACAGUUCUACAAGAGAAAUGAGUUGGUGAUACAUUCCGCAGUCAGAGAUACCGCUGCUGAUGGUGGCAACAUAAUCUUCAUCGGUCACGCGGCAACACUGGAUCUGAUGGUGUACGCGUUGAAGCAUUUCGGCAAAAAGCGUACGGAGUCCGGCUACCAGAUCAGCAAUAACCUGCUGCGUGUUCCGUACUGCGCGCUGGGGGCGAUGCGCGACAAGCCUUGGCAGGUCGUCUCCCCCCCAUGCCCGCCUUCCAUCAACUCCAGUUCCGGACGCUUCGACUGGAAGAUAUUGCUCGAUGUGUAAACUUAUAGUCAAACAAGGAUAUCUGACCCGUUGAGGCGCUGUAAUCGAGGUUAGUUCUAUAAAAAAAUAUGUAAAACCUACAUUAGGCAUAGAAAAUUAUAUGAAAGAAACUACUAUAUGUAAAGGAUCUUGAGAUUUUUUUGUCAGGGGGGCGCUAGUGGGCUGUCAUAAUUUAGUUUGACUUAUGCC